UUUCCAUUUCGACUAAUCUUUUAUUGCCUCAUUUUUUCACCGAGAAAAAUCGUAUCUACAGCAAUGGGAAAUCCAAAGGUAUUCUUCGACAUGACGAUUGGCGGCCAACCAGCUGGCCGGAUCGUAAUGGAGCUCUUCGCCGAUUGCACUCCACGCACGGCGGAGAACUUCCGUGCCCUUUGCACCGGGGAGAAAGGUGUCGGACGCAGCGGGAAACCUCUCCACUACAAAGGCUCAACCUUCCACCGCGUGAUCCCCAACUUCAUGUGCCAGGGAGGCGAUUUCACCGCCGGAAAUGGCACCGGAGGUGAAUCGAUAUACGGAGCCAAGUUCGAGGACGAGAACUUCAUCAAGAAACACACCGGACCGGGGAUUCUCUCGAUGGCGAACGCCGGACCGGGAACCAACGGGUCGCAGUUCUUCAUUUGCACGACUAAGACUGAGUGGCUCGAUGGGAAGCACGUGGUGUUUGGACAAGUUGUUGAAGGAAUGGAUGUGGUUCGAGACAUUGAGAAAGUUGGGUCUAGUGGUGGAAGAACUUCUAAGCCAGUUGUUAUUGCCGAUUGCGGACAACUCUAAAAUUAAAAAGACAGCCACAGUGGUGCAUGUCUGAAGUUUUAAGCUUCAUUUUAUGCUGCUUUGUUUUGUUUUAAAUGGUUAGUGGUUUUGGUGGUUCUUUAAGAACUAACCAUGGAAUAAGAUAGGCUUUUUCAUUAGUUUCCGUCAUUAAUGAACUGAAAUUUCAGUUUAAAGCAAUUUAUGGAUUUGGAUUAUUAUAAUUACAUGAUUUUGGAUAUUUAUUAUAUUU